UUUCUUGUUGCUUCUUUGGCCUUGUUCGCCAUCUGUAUAGGACUGAUGUUCACUCCCAUCCUCAUCGCUCGGCCUAGCAAAUUCGCCAUAUUGUAAGUGUGCAACCGUUGCUGUUCCCCUCCAUCUGUAUGCAAAGGCGUCAAAGGAUUGUGCCCUGCAUCGAGUGCUCGAAGAGACCCAUGUCGGUUGCUGCAGAAAGUGUGGCACAUCGCUUCGCACCCCAGCGCAACUGCGCACGGUUGUAUGGUGUCUAUGGAUAGCAAAUGCCCGCUGCGACGUCGAGUUUCUCCACUCGUCUACGACAUGCAGACAAUUGGCACUAACGAAUGGAUGCCGACGACAUCUGAGCGUGCCACUCAUGACCUUUGUAGCGACCCGAGAGAUCUGCGUUAGACCCUUUGAAGGGAUCAUGCGGGUGCUUGCUCGGCCGGCUGCAUCAUGGAACCCUGUUUGAUUCACCACAUCCCCAGCACGAUCUAUCCGUACGGCUUGACAAGAGUUGAAGCUAACUGCUGUGGUCUGACUCAGGUGGUCGGUGGCGAGUGUACUAUUCCUUAUGGCUUGGGGAGUAUUGAUGGGCCCUACCGCAUACAUCCAACAUCUGUUGUCUGGGCCCAGAUUGCCUUUUACGGCCGCUUACUUUGGCAGCAUAGCCCUAACGCUCUAUCUCUCUCUAGUGAAGUUCCCUCUCACCUUCAUCGCGACCAUGCUUCAGCUGGUGACGCUCCUCUGGUACAUCGUGUCUUAUUUCCCUAUGGGCACCUCGGGCCUGCGCUUUGCUGCGCGCUUUGGAGGAAACCGUGUGGCGGCCUGGAUGAACAACUAG